CAGGAAAGCUGGGGAGGGACUGUUCACAAAGGCUUGUGGUGAUAGGAGGAGGGGCAAUGGGUAUAAAUUGAAGAGGGGCAGAUUUAGACUAGACAUAGGGAGGAAUUUCUUCACCAUGAGAGUGGUGAGGCACUGGCACAGGUUGCCCAGGGAAGCUGUGGCUGCCCCAUUCCUGGAGGUGUUCAAGGCCAGGUUGGAUGGGGCCUUGGGCAGCCUGAUCUAGUGGGAUGUCCCUGCCCAUGGCAGGGGGGGUUGGAACUGGAUGAGCUUUAAGGCCCCUUCCAACCCCAACUAUUGUAUGAUUCUAAGUCCAGGUGAGAGGCACUGGGGCACGGCAACGGCCGAUUUGCACCGAUAAGAGCAUUUAAACAAGUUUCAUCUUUAGGGAAACAUCUUCUCUCUGUUCUUUAGUGGUUUUUUUUCAGACACAGGUUUUUGCAUCCCGUUUCGGUUGAAACGGAAGGCGGAGCUGGGGGGAUGCUCAGGCUGGAAGCGAAGUCCAGGUGAGAGACGCCGGGGCUCCUCCCUUCUCGACGGGAACCAAGGUCUCUCUUCAGCAAAGACAAGAAGCGGCGCUGCCCGCCCCGCCCCGUCGAACUUUACCCGAGUCCCGAGGCCACGCCAUCUUCAUGCAUAUUCAUGAGAGCCCGCGCCCACUGACCACGCCCCCUCCUCCAGCAUGUUGGUGAGUGCCCGCGCACCAUUGGCCGCGCGCGCGGCCACGCCUCUCAUGCAUAUUCAUGAGACAAGCCACCUCCCCGCCUCCCCCGGCGGUGACUCACCAGGGCGUGGAGCCCGGGUCCCGCAGCCGAGCCCUCCCCCCCCGCAGCCGGCACAGCCCCAGCGCCGCGCUCAUUGUUCCAGCACCUCCGGGCACGAUGGACGAGCUGGACCAGUCCCCCCUGGUCUCCUCCUCCACUACCACCUCCGGGCCGGCGCGGCCGCAACAGCCCCAGUUUAACUACCAGUUCGUGCUCGACGACGAGAAAGAAGAAGAGGAAGAGGAGGAGGAAGAAGAAGAGGACGAAGACUUCGACGAGCAACUGGAGGUGAUGGAGAGGAAGCCCGCCGCUCCCCCGCAGGAGCAGCCGCCGGAGCUCGGCGUACCCCGCCCCGCCGCCCCGGAGCCGCCGCAGCAGCCCGGCUGGAGCCCCCCGGCCGCCGCCGUCUCCUCCUCGUCGUCCUCGGCCGCCUCUACGCCGUCCCCCGCGCAGGAGCAGCCUCCGGCCGCCCCCCGGCGCCGCGGCUCCUCCGAUGAGACCCUUUUUGCUCUUCCUGCUACAUCUGCGCCUCUGAUGCACUCCUCUGCAGAAAAAGUUACGGACUUGCAGGAGCAGCCAGGUAGCACUAAGUCGCUUGGUCAAGAGGAUUUUACUGCAGUCCUGCUUGAUACUACUCCUUCUCUUCCCUCCUUCUCUCCUAUCUCAGCUGAUUCCUUUAAAGAGCACACAGCCUUUGAUACACCCACAGAUGGAUUACCUGCAAGAGGCAUUUACAAAGAAAAUACAAGUCAGGUUUAUAAUGAAACUAUGGAAAAUGCAAGAAAUCAAUUUCUUGCAGAGGGAAAUGAAAAAGACAUUUCAGAGAUGAAAUACUCAGAAUCCCCAUUAACUAAAGUAGAAGCAGCCAUUUUAUCUCAUGCUGAAGAAGAAACACAGCUAGAGGGCCCUAAAGAAUUACCUAACCUGGAGAAAAUGUCUGGAGAACAGCUGAAAAUGUCUCCAGAAACUCCUCAAGAUUUAUCUGACAAAAGUGAGGAAGAUCUGUUUUAUAACAAAGACAAAUACAGAGCUGAUGAUCAUGGUGAAAAGGGAGUGUUGAAAGAAGACCCUCUUAGGAGGGAAGAAUAUGCAGACUUCAAACCAUUUGAGCCAAUAUGGGAAGUAAAAGGUGCUAGUCAUGGAUUGAGCAGUGUGAGAGAGGAUGUUGGAAGUAAAAUAAAUGCCAAACUAGAAGGCAGUUUAGAUGAGAAAUUCGGUGUGGAUAAACUGAAUGUGGAGGAGGAUUACGAUAGAGAGAGUGAAGGCAGCACUGAAGAUCGCUCCUUCCCAAGUACCCCAGAAGCUGUAAAAGAACCUUCACAGACUUACAUCACCUGUACUAAAUUUGAAUCCUCUGCAAGUCCCAGUGGUAACAAAGUCAAAUCUCUUUCUCCGCUAGAGGAAGGCACUUCAGAAAAUAGAACCGAUGACGAGAAAAAAAUAGCAGAAAUGAAAGCUCAGACAAGCACAGAACAAGGGGAUUUUAGCACUCGAGCAGUUGGCAAGCAGGAAGGCCAGGAAGCUGACUAUGCGAAAACGGAGAGUAUAUCAACAGUGCCAUCUGACACUGCAGCGAAUAUGCCUGAAGGUCUUACUCCUGAUCUGGUACAAGAAGCAUAUGAAAGUGAAAUGCAUGAUGUGGCAUGUACAAAACUUGCUUAUGAAACAAAGAUUGAUUUAGUUCAAACCUCCGAGUCAGUACAAGAAACUCUGAAACCUGUGACACAACUCUGUCCCUCAUUUGAAGGAUCGGAAGCUGCUCCAUCACCAGUACUGCCAGAUAUUGUUAUGGAAGCCCCACUAAGCACUGGGACUGCUGGUGCAGAAGCAUCUGCUGUGCAGCUUGACGCUUCCCCUUUAGAAACAUUUAUUCCUGCUGCUAAUUAUGAGAAUGUAAAAGAAGAAACUGAAGAAACUCCUUUAUACCAAGAGGCAGUGAAUGUACCGCUGACACAGGCCCAAGAAGCAAAAGGGGUAUUAGCAUUUAAAAAACCUGAUCACGAGGGUAGUGCUGGUCCUGAAGAUACAGAGACUCCAUAUAUAUCUAUUGCAUGUGACUUAAUUAAAGAAACAAAGGUCUCUGCUGAAUCUGUUUCUCCAUCCUUUACAGAUUAUUCAAAGACACCGGUAACAGAAUGUGUUUCUCAGAGUGUGCCUGAACACAAGGAAUUUGCUGAAAAACUGUCUCCGCAGUUUGGAAAAUCUGACUUGUUUAAUAGCCAGGUGACACCUGACUUUACGGAGAAAGUGAGUGAAGAUCCAUCUCUCAUCUUCAGAAGUAAAUCAACUGAGAACGUUGUAGCUGAUGAUGAACACAAGGAACCACUGGUGGAUUCAGUAGCUGCCACAGGCAAGCCUUAUCUGGAGUCUUUCCAACCUGAACUGGACUCUUCCGAAAUUGUUGCCCCUGUGCCGUCUGAGCCAACACCUACAAAAAUAGCCAAGGCAGAGAAGAUUCCUCUUCAAAUGGAAGAGCUGAAUGCUAUGGCUUAUUCAGCUGAUGUGUCUGUUGCUAUGGAACCAAAAAUAGGAGACAACAAAGCUCUUUCACCCAUGGACUCUUCCCCAGUCUCAGUGGAAGAAGACUUUGUGAUGUUAGCCUAUCCUAAAACUGCUCCUGAGUUUGUGGCAGAAGCUACUGACAGAGAAGUAAUGCACAAAGAAGAAAGUGAAGAUAUCAGUAAGGUGGUCAAAGAUGAGAAGAAGCAGUUGCCUUGCCCAGAGCUACCCUGUGAUCUGUCUAUAAAGAAUGUAGAAGUAAAAGCUGAGGAAGAUACUAAUGCCUUGAAAAAGUUCUUGGAGACUGUGGACAGAGAAGUGCCUGCAGUAUCCGUGGUGUCCUUACCAGUCACAGAUACUUCACCUCUAUCUGCUGAAAAAGAGGUAGACAGUGUAUUAAAAUCGGAAGCUUUUGAGAAGAAAGCUGAGCGAGAAUCUCCUCCUGUUAAAGAAAAGGAAAAGCCUACUACUAUAUUUUCAGCAAAGCUGAAUAAAUCUUCAGUUGUUGACCUCCUUUACUGGCGAGACAUUAAGAAGACGGGAGUGGUGUUUGGUGCCAGCUUGUUCCUGCUGCUUUCAUUAACAGUGUUCAGCAUCGUGAGCGUGACUGCUUACAUUGCCUUGGCCCUGCUCUCUGUGACGAUCAGCUUUAGGAUAUACAAGGGAGUUAUCCAGGCAAUCCAGAAGUCUGAUGAAGGCCAUCCGUUCAGGGCUUACUUGGAGUCUGAUCUAGCUGUGUCUGAAGAGCUCAUUCAGAAAUACAGUAAUGUUGUGCUCGGUCACGUUAAUGGCACAGUCAAAGAGCUGAGACGUCUCUUUCUAGUCGAUGACUUAGUGGAUUCUCUGAAGUUUGCAGUGUUGAUGUGGAUAUUCACUUACGUUGGUGCCUUGUUUAAUGGUCUGACAUUACUGAUUCUGGCUUUGAUUUCACUCUUCAGUGUUCCUGUUAUUUAUGAGAGACAUCAGGCCCAAAUUGACCAUUAUUUGGGACUCGUGAACAAGAAUGUCAAAGACGCGAUGGCUAAGAUCCAAGCAAAGAUCCCUGGGCUGAAGCGCAAAACUGAGUAAAACGCCUGAAGCAACUUAUUGAUAGGAAGUUCAUCUUUUAAGGGGGAAAAAUACUCAUUUGGAUUUACAUGGGGAGGGUCAGGGAAUAGCAAAACCCUUGACAUUGCAGUGCAAUUUCACAGAUCUUUAUUUUUUAGCAACGCAGUGUUUGAGGAAAAAUAACUGUUUUGACUGCCACGUGUUUCAUCAUCUUAAGUAUUGUAAGCUGCUAUGUAUGGAUCUAAAACUAAUCAUCUUUCCUUAUCCUGUGUGCAGCACUGGCUAAUACAAAAGAUUUGAGAAAGCUGUACAUUUUGCUUCAUCAGAGGUAGUCCCUGCUGCGUUCCGGAAGAGGUAGUGCAGGUGGAGCGAAGGAUAACACUUCCCAGUUUGUGCACUGUGUAUGGUCUGUGUAGAUUGAUGCAGAUUUUCUAAAAUGAGAUGUUUUAGGAGAAUAUACCAUUUUAGCAAGUUUUGAGAAAUCUUGCCUUUUUGGUAUGAGUAUAGCUGUAUUGUGAUUUUCUUGUUUUAUCAAUUGCCUAUAUAUAUAUAUAUAUAUAUAUGUGUUUCACAAAGCUUAGAUCUUUCAGCUACUCCACAGUGCUUUGUACUUCAGAGAAUUGAAUGAUUUCUGGACUAGCUCCAUAGCACACAAGCUUGAAAAACUAAACUGUCUCUGUAAACACUAGCAUCUGUUUAGAGAAAACAAGAGAGAAAUGAACAAAGGAGCCUCCAUGUAUAUUAAAGAGAAAAUGACAGCGUACACUCUGUUGCACAGCCGUACCGUAGCUGAUUUUAAGCAAAUAAUUCUACACUCUCUCAAACUCUGAUUAUCUGUGGACCGAAUAUCUAAUGCUGCAAAUGUUGUUUGGAAACUUAAAACCCUGUUAUGCAAGAAAUGAUCAAUGAAAAUCUCUACACUUGCAGUUGAAGCUGUAUUGAACUGAGUCUGUGGAAUGCAUUGUGAAAUGUAAAAAAACAAAAAAGGCAAAAAAAAGCCCCAAAACCCCAAGUAUCAAUAAAGCUUAUAGACAUAAAAUAA